CGGGGCGGUCGGCUGGGACCUCCUCAACGUCAGUUCCGUUCUCUCAGGCCUCCCGCCCGCCCGGGGGUAUCUGCGGGGUCCGCCGAUGGCCUACGACUGGCUCGGCCUCGGCUACGCGGCGCUGGUGGCCUCGGGGGGCAUCAUCGGCUAUGCCCGGGCAGGCAGCGUCCCUUCUCUGGCCGCCGGGCUCCUCUUUGGUGGUUUAGCAGGGCUGGGAGCCUACCAGCAGUCCCAAGAUCCAAAGAAUAUCUGGCUUUCUCUUGUGGCGUCUGGAACUUUGUCUGCUGUUAUGGGAAUGAGAUUUUACAACUCCAGAAAAGCAAUGCCUGGGCUGAUUGCUGGGGCCAGUAUACUGAUGGUUGGACGGCUUGGAUUGCAGAUGAUGGAAAAACCUCUUAAGCCAUAAGUCUGUCUUCGAGUGACUUGAUGCAGAUCUUUAAGAAGCCUGAAAAUGCAACUGCCUGAAUGUACCACACAAAAUAGAAAAGGCACUGCGGACUGCGCACUGUAUUUUUCAUAUCCUAACGCACAUGGGUCUGUCUUUAAAGGACAUAAAUUGAGAACCUGUGUUGUCUUCCAUACUGGCACUUGUCUCAACAUCUAAAUUAUGAAGCAAGAAAAUAUGAGUGUAGUAUUAGUUCAGGUGCUUGUCCUGCAGAUUACUGUAGGCAGAGGCCUCUUGGUGCUUUUGUGUGCUGACAGGAAUGAAGCUUAAAUAUACAUCUGGACUUAAAAUCUGAAAUCCUUUGUAAUUCUGAAACAAUGGGAGACAAGUUGCCAACUUGUCGCUAAUACUGCCUAUAACAAAUGUGCUUGUUCUGUCACCUUUCCCCUCCCACUUCCCUGCCAGCUUAUCUGGUCAUCACGUUUGUCAGUCAGGGCCUUUUUUCUGCUAGGACCGUGUUAGAGCCUUGGCCCACAAAACACAAUUGUGGAGCAGGCUGUCAAGUUUCUAUUGUGAUGCAAUGAAAAUAAACCCCUUACUUAGUUUUUCAUGAGGAAAAGUGUCCUGCUUAGUGUCAUUCAUUUCACUUUUACAGACUAUCACUGGUAGGAGAAAUCAAAAAUGUGCUGCAUUAGAUAAUGCUGAAUUGUAGUCAUACCACUUGCAUUUCAUGAGAAUUAAAACGUUAUUCUAAAUAAACGAAGAAAUUAUGAUUACAAACUUA